UCCCGUUAAUGUCUAUGAAUCAGUUUAUUUUAUUUUUUAUAAUUUCUUAUCAGGAAUAUAUAUUCGUUGAGCAAUUUGUUUAAUUUCUAUCAAUAAGUAAUUUAGGGAGAGGACAAUCGUGGUUAGCGCUAUAGUUGUCAACCCUCGUCGCUGAAGUCACCAUACCUGAUGCCUCGGCGUUGGAUUCGAUUUCUUUUUCCGAACUAAGAAUUGGAGAGACGACAGUGUGAAUCGUUGGCACAUUUUUAGUCAGAGGGUCUCGAUCAUCUUCAGAUCAAGCCUGCAAGCUGGUAUUGAUUGAUGUUGAGCAAGCUUAUAAUAAUAUAUGGUUGCACUGCCAUCGAGCUCUCACUUUCCACCGCUUUUAAGCUUCCCCAUAUCAGUGUUUCAAAAAAAAAAAGUUUCCCCAUAUCAGCUGUGGACGAGACAAACAUUGUGGUGUAUAUGAUUGCAAGACAUACGUAUUUAGAAGAAUAUUAAUAGGCAUUUGCUGAACAACCAUGGAUUGUGAGUGCUUUGAAAAGCAUGGAUGAGGGCACCAAAAUGGAGUUUCUCAUGACCCUUCACACACAGUGCUCAUAGUUAGAUCAAUAGAUAGCUUCAAUCCAGUCCUUACAACGUGCAUGUGUAAGCUAUCUUGUAUUAAUAGCUCUCUCUGUUACACCAUAACACCCCCCACCCCACACACACACAAAGCGUUCAUGUCACCAUUAGUGGUAGAGUGGUGGCUCGUGGAUUUGCAGUGAAAGGCCAAACCAGCCAUAAUUUUCAGAUUGUGCAUAUUUAAGAUAAUGGAGGCGCCUUAUUCCUUUGUAUCAAAAGCAAGGACUGCCUUACAUUCUGCGGCUGCCAAAGCGGAGCGAGUUUUCUCUGACCUCAAGUCCGAUCGAGAUUUGGAUAAGCAAUGCCCCAAGAACAUGAUCCUAACACAUGAUGAAUCACCAAUUAGCGAGGAAGAGUCAAAGUUGAAGCGGAGGCCAGAGCCCAUUAAGACAAAGCAGGAUUGGCAGGACAAGUUUAGAAACAUUAGAAUUGGAAGGAAAGGAGUCGAAGAUACUGAUAAACCUGAAAAUGCAACCAUGAUUCCUUUCUAUGAUGAGAAUUUGUACAUGCUUAAUAUGAAAAAUGGUGUCGAUUUAAAGGUUGUGGAAACAACUCCCUCAGCAGAAGGAUUAAGUGCUGCAAACCUUGGGCUUAUUCCUUCAGUCUCUACAAUAAAACAAUUGGCUACUGCUGUUGAGAUGGGAAAGAAGUCCAACUCAAUGAAAGAUUUCUUGGCCUCAUCAGGAGGUUCUUCACCUGUCAGAGAGAGAUCAGGUCUGAGUCUCUCAGCAGUGAAGUCUUUAGUACUUCGUGAAAAAGAGGAUAAUCUUACAUCUGAGUUUUGUAACAAUGAGAAGGUUUUAUCUUUAAUCGAGUCACUGUUUAGUGGAGAUGAAUUGUUUCUCAAACGGAAUAUUAGAUCUUGCUUGGAUGCAAUUACAGUUACAUCUUUUCUUAGAGAUAUUCAUGGUGCACCUCCUGAAAGCUUCAUUGUAAAGGUAGCUGAAGUUAUUGGGAGCUUCAGGACCCUGCGAAAGAUGGCAUUAUUUUGGUGCAGAGUUAUUGCCGAACUGAGAAGACAUUGGUCUGACAAACAAUAUAUACCUGGCAUCCCUCUAGAUGGCAUUCCAGAUUUGAAUUCUUGUCUUCUGUUUCAGCAGCUGCAAGUGAUUAAUUGCUGCGUAUCACGAAGAAGACGUCGAGAAAUUGCCUCUCAAUCAUUAGACUUUGUCCUUAAGGAAGGCAAUAUAAAUGAAGAAGAGUUAGCUACGUUCAAAGAUGUUCAUGCAAGUUCCAUAUUGUAUGCUAGAAUAAAUGUUGAGGAACUUGUUCUCCGACUCGGCGCUGAUCGCCCAAUGGGAGAUCUAACAAUGUUGGAAACUGGAGAACCAGUGUACUCUCCUAUAACUCAGGAAGGGCCCUUGCUUACGGAAGAUCUUAUUAAAGAAACAGAGGAAUUUGUGCUUCGAACUGGAAGUGUUGGUGCUGGGUGUUCUCAACUCCUCUCUGAUAUGCAGGCUUUUAAGGCAGCGAAUCCUGGUUGUAUUUUAGAAGAUUUUGUUAGGUGGCACUCUCCUCCUGAUUGGACAGAAGUGGAGCCAAUUAUUGAAGACAAAGACCCUUCUAAUGAUGGGGAUAUAUUGUCUAUAAGAGGUCAAUUAAGUAGUCGAAUGAAGAAAGAAGGAAAUUUAUGGCGUGAGCUGUGGGAGACAUCAAAGCCAGUUCCAGCAGUUAAACAAACACCCUUGUUUGAUGAGGAUUUGGCAGUGGAAGGUAUUCUGGACAAUUUGGAGGAAAUUCCACCUUGUGAGCUUUUUGAGCAAUUGUUUGUAUCUUUACUGGGUUUAGGCUUUGUUAUUGCGGAGGCUUCUCUAUCUACAAACAGUGAUUUGUCAAAGCUAUUUUAUGAAUGCAAAGAUUACGCAAUUGCUGUUUGCCAAUCCAACGCUUUGAGUGAGAAAAUCAAUGAUCUUUGCCAGGUAUACGAAACAGUGGAGAGGAUGUUACACAAUCCUGAGGAAGUGCUAAAGAUAGUGAGGCUGGCAGAAGAUAGUCCUAGUCCUGCAGGUGAACCAAAAAGACUGUUUAAGAGGCUCAAUCUUAACUUUGGUGGCAAAGAUAGGAACUUAGGGAAACCAGCUUCAAAAGAACACAAGAACUCCGAAAACAGGAGAAGAGGUCAACAGUUUUCAAGUUUCUUUGAUGGAAAGUCAUCUUUAUUUUUGAAAAGGCCUCCUAAGUCUGGAAGCAUGUCCCCUGCUGAAAAGCCUACUACUUUAGAUGAAAAUGAUUGGACAAUGAUUUAGAAAUUAAUUACAGAUGGGUUUUUUUUUUUUUUUCUCAGCCUAGGUUAUAUAAUGAUUGGUUUUGUUGGCAACUAAUUGUAAAUUAAACAAAGAAAAGAAAAACAAACAAACAAUACAAAAAAGAAGGGCCAGCUGGGUUUUAUUGUUUGCAAUAUGUGAAUGAAUUUAUUGCUUCGAUUACAGAUGAAAUGAAAAGAGAAUUUGAUUUUGGA